AUGAACUUCUUCACGGUUCAGAUUUUGUUUCUACUCUCUCUCCUUGGCCUGAAUGUUGCACAGGACGAGGAUUAUUUCUGCUCCAAAACAAAGCCCUGUAAGGUUGGAUGUUGUGGACCUCUGUAAGUAAAUUCCCUCAUUCCCGCAAAAAGUAGAGACUCAUCAAUUGGUGAUACAGAACUCUUGGAGAUUUGGGCUACUGUGGAUAUGGUCCUGCUUAUUGCGGCCAAGGAUGCACAUCCUCUUGUGGUCUUAAGAGCGAGUGCGACGGUGGUAACUGGGGAGCACAAUGGUCCAACGCCUCGACUUGUCCUCUAAACGUGUGUUGCAGUAGAUUUGGAUUUUGCGGCACAGCACAAUUGUUCUGCGGUGAUAAGAAAGUCCCUACUCCUGAGUGUGGUGGAAAGUCAUCAGAUGCAAAGACAAUUGGCUAUUACGAAGGAUGGAAUUUAGAUAAGCCUUGUGGAAGUACGAACCUGCUCCCCUUUCUUUUGUUUUUCUUCUUCUUGAAAAUUGGGACUUGAAAGUGCUGAUCGAAUGCUUUUAAUAGCGAUUACACCAGCGGAUAUCCCCUUGGGAUACUGCACUCAUAUCAACUUCGCGUUCGCCUUGAUUGAUCCCAAAACCUUCCGAAUAGCUCCGAUGGACCCGAACACGGCUUCUCGUUACGACGCUGUCACAGCGCUCAAGGUUAGACAGUUUGGACUGCAAGUUUGGAUUGCUAUUGGUACAAUUCAAAGCUUUAUUUACCCCAGGAGCAGAUACUGAUUUCUGAAACCUAUAGGUGGCUGGGCAAUGAACGACCCAGGUCCAAUGCGCAAGUCGUUUUCGGAUUUAACCAAGUCUGCAGCUGCUCAAAAUGAGUUCUUCGAGUCCUUGAUCACAUUUAUGAUAAAGCAUGAUUUUGAUGGCGUGGACAUUGAUUGGGAAUAUCCAGUGGCCGACGAUAGAGGGGGUGUUCCAGAAGAUUUCGAUAACUUUCCGAUUUUUCUUGAGAGAUUGAGAAAUCGCCUCAAUAGCUCUGGAAGAAGAUUUGGGCUUUCAAUUACUUUGGUAAGUUAGUAAACCAUGAUUGGAGGGGAAAGCUAAUGUGGAUGUGCAGCCAGCAUCUUACUGGUACCUUCGCGGAUUCGACAUCAUCAAAAUUGAACCUUCUGUGGACUGGUUCAACAUAAUGACUUACGAUAUUCGUGAGUAAUUACCUACACCCACCUCACCGUAUUAAUGUUUCGUCCUACAUUCUAACCUUUGAUAGAUGGUAUCUGGGAUUCAUCAAUUAAGGACCUUGGCCCCUACGCCCGCGCACACACAAACCUUACCGAAAUCAACGCUGGCUUAGAACUUCUCUGGAGAAACAAUAUCAAUCCUGGUCGUGUUAAUCUUGGUCUUGGUUUCUACGGAAGAAGCUUUACGAUGAAAGACCCAAGCUGUAUGAGCCCUGGCUGCGGAUUCUCUGGUCCAGGCAAGGCAGGGAGAUGCACUGGUACAUCUGGCGUAUUGUCUGGACUAGAGAUUCGUGAGAUAAUCGCAAGCGGUGCUACCGUCAAAACUGACGAAGCUGCCGCCGUGAAGAUUGUAACGUGGGAUACAGAUCAAUGGGUUAGUUGGGAUGACGAGGAAACACUGAAGAAAAAAGUUGAAUAUGUGAACAAGCGGUGUCUAGGAGGGUGAGUCAAUAAUUGCGUUAGACUCGGGAGAUAUGCAUUAUACUAACCGCGCAUAGAACUAUGAUCUGGGCCAUUGAUCUAGACGAUGGUAGCUCCAUUGACGCUUUGGGCAAAGGUCUGGGUAGGCCAAAGGCAAACGUAACUGCAGAUCUUUCCGGGCUGCCGGGUUCAGAUUUGGGGACUGGGCCUUUGAACUUGACGGAUCAAAUGUUGAGAGAACUUUAA